AUGAAUUUGCUUUUCUUUUUAAAAAUCCCCCUUAAUAUAGAUUUGUGUAGAUUUGGUUGAAGUCACAGAUACCAUAUUCUUCAUCUUUAUAAUGCAAGUUUUCUUUCCAGGUAGAAGGACAAGAAAGUAAUGAGCCAAUGCCAUAGAAACGCAAAGGGUUAAAGGUUUUUCUUUUACUUUUGUUUUGGGUACGCUUUCUAUGCUUUGAACAAAUGUGUUUUUCUGCUCAAAAUACUUUGAAAAUAUUGAACGUUUUCAUUCCAAAUCCUAGAAUUUUAGGAUUGUUGCUUUUGAGAAACUAUCUCACAUUACAGUCCCGCCCCCAUAUUGCUCUAAAUACAGUUAAUGCACCUAAUUUGCUCUAAGCAUACUUAGUUAAGACAAAAGUAUGUAUACAAAGACUUUGAUAUUUUUAAUAGUUGGAGUCUGUUUUGCUAAUUUUAGUGUGCAGGUCAGCACAAGGGGCAUUAGUGAACCUGAUGGAAGCUUUCCUCAGGUGAGUUUCAAAAUCAAAAUUAGGUGCCUGUUUCUUAAAAUUAGAAAUCUGUUGCAGGUUUAUAAAUUAGACUUUCAGCCUGCAUGAAUUAGUAGGGAUAAUUUUUUACUUGCAUAAUUGUAAUUGAUUUAAACAUGUAUGUCAGCAUUCACAGGCCCAUACUAACUGUCCUUAAUUUCUUUCCUACAGCAGUACUGCUAUAUGCCAGUCCUGUCUGCAUUCUUAAGGGUGCAGUUCAACACAUCCUCUCUAGAUUAUGGUGAAAAAGUAUUCAAAGGAAGUCUUAUCAGAGAUAGUGUCAGAAAGAAUGACACUACCAAUUGGGCAUGAUCUUCAGCAUAGGAAAUGUCUUAGAAUUUUAUAAUUUUUCCUAAGUUGUGAUGCUAUACUACUUGUAUAGCUAAUUACCACAUUUCUGAAAUGUAGUGUACCUCUCUAUGAAUCUUGUUAUAUAGUAUUUGGGCUUCUUUAAAGAUACUUUGAAAUUUGAAAAGCAAAUACUGAAACUUUAACCAAGAGACUGACACAUCUCUUUGUACACCACUUUUCUUCUGUGUGCAUCCUAACUGGUAGAAGUAAUGUAUUUCAAGUAUUAUGUUUCCAGUCGUAAUUUAUACUUUCUAAGAAAAUUAUGUUUUGGGGUCAACAAAACUUAAAAAGCAUGAAGCCCUAUUUAAUAACAUGGCAUCAGAAUUAAGAUUCAGGUAUAUUUAAAACAUUUUCUAGACAUUUAGAUCAUUGUAUGAAGAACUUAGUUAUAGCUAUUUAUAGUUAGGAUUUUAACAACUUGCAACAGGUAAUGUUUUGAAUAUAAGUAUCUUUCCAAAGUGUUACUAAUGGUAAAGAGAUAAUUUUCUAGGCUUCUAUUCUGCUGCUUGAAGUCAGAACUGCUGAUGGAGACAAAGGCACGAAAGUGAGGGAAGACCCCUGAUCCUAAAAUGAAUGCUAGAACUUACAUGGAUGUAAUGCGAGAACAACAUUUAACUAAAGAAGAGAGAGAGAUUAGGCAACAACUAGCAGAAAAAGCUAAAGCAGGAGAACUAAAAGUCGUCAAUGGAGCAGCAGCUUCCCAGCCUCCUUCAAAGCGAAAACGGCGUUGGGAUCAAACAGCUGAUCAGACUCCUGGUGCCACUCCCAAAAAACUGUCAAGUUGGGAUCAAGCAGAGACACCAGGACAUACUCCUUCCUUGCGAUGGGAUGAGACACCAGGCCGUGCAAAGGGAAGUGAGACUCCAGGAGCAACCCCAGGCUCAAAAAUCUGGGAUCCUACACCUAGUCACACACCAGCCGGAGCUGCUACUCCUGGACGAGGCGAUACACCAGGCCAUGCGACACCAGGCCAUGGAGGCGCAACUUCUAGUGCUCGUAAAAACAGAUGGGAUGAGACACCUAAAACAGAACGAGAUACUCCUGGACAUGGAAGUGGAUGGGCUGAAACACCUCGAACUGACAGAGGUGGUGAUUCAAUUGGUGAAACACCGACUCCAGGAGCCAGUAAAAGAAAGUCCCGUUGGGACGAAACACCAGCAAGUCAGAUGGGUGGAAGCACUCCUGUUCUAACACCUGGAAAAACACCUAUCGGCACACCAGCCAUGAACAUGGCCACCCCAACUCCAGGUCACAUAAUGAGCAUGACUCCUGAACAGCUUCAGGCAUGGCGAUGGGAAAGAGAAAUUGAUGAGAGAAAUCGCCCCCUUUCUGAUGAAGAGUUGGAUGCUAUGUUCCCAGAAGGAUAUAAGGUACUUCCCCCUCCAGCUGGUUAUGUCCCUAUUCGAACUCCAGCUCGAAAACUGACAGCAACACCAACACCUUUGGGCGGUAUGACUGGUUUCCACAUGCAAACUGAAGAUAGGACUAUGAAGAGUGUUAAUGACCAGCCGUCUGGAAAUCUUCCAUUUUUAAAGCCUGAUGAUAUUCAGUACUUCGACAAACUUUUGGUUGAUGUUGAUGAAUCAACACUUAGUCCAGAAGAGCAAAAAGAGAGAAAAAUUAUGAAGUUGCUUUUAAAAAUUAAGAAUGGAACGCCUCCAAUGAGAAAGGCUGCAUUGCGUCAAAUUACUGAUAAAGCACGUGAAUUUGGAGCUGGUCCUUUGUUUAAUCAGAUUCUUCCUCUACUGAUGUCUCCUACACUUGAAGAUCAGGAACGUCAUUUACUUGUGAAAGUUAUUGACAGAAUAUUGUACAAACUUGAUGACUUAGUUCGACCUUAUGUGCAUAAGAUCCUUGUGGUCAUUGAACCGUUGUUGAUUGAUGAAGAUUACUAUGCUAGAGUUGAAGGCAGAGAGAUUAUUUCUAAUUUGGCAAAGGCUGCUGGUCUGGCUACUAUGAUUUCGACCAUGAGACCUGAUAUAGAUAACAUGGAUGAGUAUGUCCGUAACACAACAGCUAGAGCUUUUGCUGUUGUAGCCUCUGCUCUUGGCAUUCCUUCAUUGUUGCCCUUUUUAAAAGCUGUGUGCAAAAGUAAGAAGUCCUGGCAAGCAAGACACACUGGCAUUAAGAUCGUACAGCAGAUAGCUAUUCUUAUGGGCUGUGCCAUUUUGCCUCAUCUCAGAAGUUUAGUGGAAAUCAUUGAGCAUGGUCUUGUGGAUGAACAGCAGAAAGUUCGAACCAUUAGUGCUCUGGCCAUUGCUGCCUUGGCUGAAGCAGCAACCCCUUACGGUAUUGAAUCUUUUGAUUCUGUGUUGAAGCCUCUGUGGAAGGGUAUUCGCCAGCACAGAGGAAAGGGUCUGGCUGCUUUCUUAAAGGCUAUUGGGUAUCUUAUUCCUCUCAUGGAUGCCGAAUAUGCCAACUACUACACUAGAGAGGUGAUGUUAAUCCUUAUUCGAGAAUUCCAAUCUCCUGAUGAAGAAAUGAAGAAAAUUGUGCUGAAGGUGGUAAAGCAGUGUUGUGGAACUGAUGGUGUAGAGGCAAAUUACAUUAAAACAGAGAUACUCCCUCCUUUUUUUAAACACUUUUGGCAACACAGAAUGGCUUUGGACAGACGAAACUACCGACAGUUAGUUGAUACCACUGUAGAGUUGGCAAAUAAAGUAGGUGCUGCAGAAAUUAUAUCCAGAAUUGUGGAUGAUCUGAAAGAUGAAGCUGAGCAGUACAGAAAAAUGGUGAUGGAGACAAUUGAAAAAAUCAUGGGCAACUUGGGAGCAGCAGAUAUUGAUCAUAAACUUGAAGAACAGUUGAUUGAUGGUAUUCUUUAUGCCUUCCAAGAACAGACUACUGAGGACUCAGUAAUGUUGAAUGGCUUUGGCACAGUGGUUAAUGCUCUUGGUAAACGAGUUAAACCUUACUUGCCUCAGAUCUGUGGCACAGUUUUAUGGCGUUUAAAUAACAAAUCGGCAAAAGUCAGGCAACAGGCAGCUGACUUGAUCUCUCGAACUGCAGUUGUCAUGAAAACUUGUCAAGAGGAAAAAUUGAUGGGACAUUUAGGUGUUGUCUUGUAUGAGUAUUUGGGUGAAGAGUAUCCUGAAGUAUUGGGCAGCAUUCUUGGAGCACUGAAGGCCAUUGUAAAUGUAAUAGGUAUGCAUAAGAUGACCCCACCAAUUAAAGAUUUACUGCCUAGACUUACCCCCAUCUUAAAGAACAGGCAUGAAAAAGUCCAAGAAAAUUGUAUUGAUCUUGUUGGACGUAUUGCUGACAGGGGUGCUGAAUAUGUAUCUGCAAGAGAAUGGAUGAGGAUUUGUUUCGAGCUUUUAGAGCUCUUAAAAGCUCAUAAAAAAGCUAUUCGUAGAGCAACUGUCAAUACAUUUGGUUAUAUUGCCAAGGCCAUUGGUCCUCAUGAUGUACUGGCUACACUUCUGAACAAUCUCAAAGUUCAAGAAAGACAAAACCGAGUUUGUACCACUGUAGCAAUAGCUAUUGUUGCUGAAACAUGCUCACCCUUCACAGUACUACCUGCCUUAAUGAAUGAAUACCGAGUUCCUGAACUGAAUGUUCAAAAUGGAGUGUUAAAAUCACUUUCCUUCUUGUUUGAAUAUAUUGGUGAAAUGGGAAAGGACUACAUUUAUGCUGUAACACCUUUACUUGAAGAUGCUUUAAUGGAUAGGGACCUUGUACACAGACAGACAGCUAGUGCGGUGGUGCAACACAUGUCGCUUGGGGUAUAUGGAUUCGGUUGUGAAGAUUCCCUGAAUCAUUUAUUAAAUUAUGUAUGGCCCAAUGUGUUUGAGACGUCUCCCCAUGUAAUCCAGGCAGUUAUGGGAGCAUUGGAAGGCCUAAGAGUUGCUAUUGGACCUUGUAGAAUGUUGCAGUAUUGUUUACAGGGAUUAUUUCACCCAGCCCGAAAAGUCAGAGAUGUGUACUGGAAAAUUUACAACUCCAUCUACAUUGGUUCACAGGAUGCUCUCAUAGCACAUUAUCCAAGAAUCUACAAUGAUGAUAAGAACACCUAUAUUCGUUAUGAACUUGACUAUAUCUUGUAAUUGUUUAUUUUGUGUUUAAUGCACAGCUGUAUCACAACUUAAACUUGCUUCAAUUUGGUGAUGUAAACUUUUAAACAUUGCAGAUCAGUGUUAGAACUGGUCAUAGAGGACGAACUAGAAAUCCAGUAGCAUGAUUUUUAAAUAACCUGUCUUUGUUUUUGAUGUUAAACUGUAAACGCCAGUAGUGACCAAGAACACAGUGAUUAUACUAUACUGGAGGAAUUUCAUUUUUAAUUCAUCUUUAUGAAGAUUUAGAAUUCAUUCCUUAUGUUUAAAGGGAAUGUUUAAUUGAGAAAUAAACAUUUGUGUACAAAAUGCUAA